UGACACCCUAUCACGUCGGUUCCUCAAUCCCUUGCUAUAUUAAAGCACUUGCAUCUCCUCCUCAUAAUCUCAAACUUCUCAAUAUUAAUUGGUGACAUUCAAAUAAAUUCAAACCACACACUUGCUUAGUUUUCACUCCAUAUCUCAAAGUUUUAGUUAGCAAAAAAACAAAAAACAAAAAAUCCCAAAUUCUUAUUGUUUUUUGAUCGAUUAUGGGAAAGGUUCUUGAGAAGGAGGCGUUCGGAUUGGCCGCAAAAGACAAUUCUGGAGUUCUGUCGCCUUUCCGUUUUGCUAGAAGGGAGACUGGAGAGAAGGAUGUUAGGUUCAAAGUGUUGUUCUGUGGAAUUUGUCACACUGAUUUACAUAUGAUCAGGAACGAUUGGGGAAUGUCUACUUAUCCUCUCGUCCCCGGGCAUGAGAUCGUUGGCUUGGUGACUGAAGUGGGAGGUAAAGUGACUAAAUUCAAGACCGGAGACAAAGUCGGAGUCGGGUGCAUGGUCGGCUCGUGCGGGUCAUGUGACAGUUGUACCGAAGGUCUUGAGAACUACUGUCCAAAAAUGAUCCAAACGUACGGGUUCAAGUAUUACGACGACACAAUAACCUACGGUGGUUACUCCGACAAUAUGGUUUGUGACGAAGCUUUUAUCAUCCGUAUUCCCGAUAAUCUCCCUUUGGACGCUGCUGCGCCGCUACUAUGCGCAGGGAUCACGGUCUAUUCACCGUUGAAGUACCACGGGCUCGACAAGCCCGGCAUGCACAUUGGCGUGGUGGGACUAGGCGGUUUGGGUCAUGUAGCGGUUAAAUUUGCAAAGGCUAUGGGUACAAAGGUCACGGUUAUUAGUACUUCAGAUAGUAAGAGAGGAGAGGCGAUUAACCGGCUUGGUGCGGACGCGUUCGUGGUGAGCCGAGACCCACAACAGAUUAAGGGUGCAAUGGGGACUAUGGAUGGUAUUAUUAAUACCGUAUCUGCGACUCAUUCGCUUCUUCCGUUGCUCGGUAUGCUCAAGCAUAAGGGAAAACUGGUUAUGGUUGGUGCACCAGAAAAGCCACUUGAGCUCUCGGUUAUGCCUCUCAUUUUCGAGAGGAAGAUGGUGAUGGGAAGUAUGAUAGGAGGGAUCAAGGAGACUCAAGAGAUGGUGGACAUGGCCGGAAAACACAACAUCACGGCGGAUAUUGAACUUAUCUCUGCGGAUUAUGUCAACACUGCCAUGGAACGGCUUGAGAAGGCUGACGUUAGGUACCGAUUCGUGAUUGAUGUUGCCAACACAUUGAAGCCUACUCCUUAAUUAUAAAUCUUAAGAUUUGAAUUUCCCCAAUGCUUUUUAUUUUUAUUUCUUGUAUGGUUUCUUGUACUAAGUUUCGUGUUGUUACUUAAGGAGGUUUUGGGUGACUCUACAUGUAGCAUGCCUUAAUCAAUUUAAUAAACUUGAACAUUAUAUUUAU